CAAAGUAUUUAAAUAGUUAUUAAUACAUUAAUCACACAUCAGUAAGAAAUUUGAAAAGAUAUAUUGAAAACGUUCAUAGAUGAAUCUAACAAGAUUCCACGAGACUGUUUUUUUCCUAUAUUGGUGAAUUGAUCAAGGUAAGGUUUCUAAUCAUGCAUCUGUUUUUUAAUUAAUAUUUUUGGCUCCUGGCAUUUGCAUGUGCAUCAAAUGAUUUUGGCCCACCUUAUAUAUAAAAUUAUUCCAUGAUCCUUAUGCCACUCAAAAACUAAUCUUCAUCCCCACCACCAGUACCUUCUCCAUCUCAAUUCUUUUUUUCUUGAUGGUAUAUAGGCUUGUUUCUUUGCUAAGGUUUGUGAUAUGAAAAAGAAGUGAUUAGAAUAUCUAAACAGCGUUUUCAAUUAUGCCUGAUAAUAUGAGUAGCCCAGCACCUUGCAACAGCUCAUGGUCUAUUAGCGAGGAUUCGCUAAGGAGAUACGUACACUAUGCAAGUGAGAAUUGUAUACAAGAGCUUCUUUCAGCCUCAGACUCGUGCAGGAACGGGAAUGGGAAUGAUGGAUGGAAGAUUCUUUCGUUAGAUGGAGACAUGGAAAUAUCCAAACGGCGUUCAGGUUCAUUCCAUAUCUUUCGUAGUCGCUGGCUACUCAGAUCAGUCUCUCCUAAGCAGUUCAUUUCUGUUGCCAAUGCUAUUGAUGCUGCAAAGCAAUGGGAUCAUGACUUGGUGGAGGCAAGAUACAUAAAAGAUCUUGAAGAAAAUCUAAGUAUAAUACGUCUAAGGUUCGGGGAUGCCUCGAGGCCGUUGUUUAAGAACAGAGAGUUCAUUGUAUACGAGCGACGUGAGACAAUGGAUGAUGGCACCCUGGUGGUAGCAGUAGCAUCACUACCCAAAGAGAUAGCUGCUGGGUUAUACCCUAAACAAAACAAGGCUAUUAGAGGUUUAUUAUUGCAAUCUGGGUGGGUUGUGGAGAAGCUUGAGGAUGAUUCUUGCAUGGUCACCUAUGUUGUUCAGCUAGAUCCAGCAGGAUGGCUUCCCAAGUUCUUUGUGAAUCGGCUAAACACAAAACUUGUAAUGAUUAUUAAAAAUCUUAAAAAAUUAGCACAAAACAAUCCACUUGAUGAUGUUAUAUGAUUACUUGUAUAAAGAAGUUUGGGAUAAAAAGGGGUAAGAGUAAGUGUGGGACCAUUUUAGUGGUAAAUUAUUUUGAAUCAUAGUGGUAAUUAUGAAUACUCGUAUGUUAUCUGUACUAACCAAUCAUAUUAAUUUUUGCCACAUUAUGAGCUCUUUAUGCUUAGCUUAAUUCAACUUGAUUAAUACUUUUAAACCAAGGUUGGUUUUCAUAGUGCUAAUGUAAUCAUUACAUCACUGAAAUAUGAGAAAUUUUGAUUA